CAUAUUACGCUAUUCCGUUCACUGAUUUCCUGUUCCUUUCUUAUCCUUUACUCUGGAUUGCAGACGUGGUUUCCUCGUGAUCAAGAUUCAUCUGCGUUUUUUCAUUAAAGUUCUUAGAAACAUUUGUAAAAAUGCCUCCUAAAUUUGAUCCAAAUGAAAUUAAAAAAGUAUAUUUGCGAUGUGUUGGUGGUGAGGUAGGAGCUACUUCAUCUCUUGCCCCUAAAAUUGGUCCUCUUGGAUUGUCUCCAAAAAAAGUUGGCGAUGACAUUGCUAAAGCUACUAGUGAUUGGAAAGGUCUUAAAAUCACAGUUCAACUGACUAUUCAAAACAGACAAGCUACGAUUUCAGUUGUGCCAUCUGCUGCUUCUUUGAUAAUUAAAGCUCUCAAAGAGCCACCCAGAGAUCGUAAAAGGCAAAAGAACAUCAAGCAUAGUGGUAAUCUAACAUUUGAUGACAUUGUUUCCAUUGCCCGUGCUAUGAGGUCAAGAUCGAUGUCUCGAACACUCAGUGGUACUGUCAAAGAAAUCUUGGGUACAUGUCAAUCAGUAGGAUGUACCGUGGAAAGUAGACCACCUCAUGACCUUAUAGAUGACAUUAAUGCUGGAGAAUUAGAAGUUCCAGAAGAAUAAUUGUUGGUAGGUAUAGAGCUCUUAGUUUGCUCUUUUCAUUUUUGAUACAACAGAGAUGUUUUGACAAUCUAACUGUGAUUAUUGAUAUAAUCUUGAAAUUAGUUAUUUUUGUAUAUACAUAACAUGUAAUGUCAUCAUAAUGAAAAGAGUUGACUUUGAGCUCUUGGUAGGGGUUGGCAUCCCAUCCACCUGCUUAGCACUAACUUCAUUAAAGUGUUAUGUGCUAGCAGGCAUCUUGCCAUUGAGGAGAUAACCUCAAUAAAAAAUCAUGAUGUAAUUUCUAAGACAA